AUGGAGGUAAUUUGUAGAAAUUUAUGCUACGAUAAGAAAAAUAAUAUGAUGGAAAAUGAAGGGAACAAAGUGAAAAAAGUGUAUAAUAAUUCUUCUUUAAAGAAAUAUAUGAAGUUUUGUUUAUGCACUAUAAUAUGUGUUUUUUUAUUAGAUAUCUAUACGAAUUGUGAAUCACCCACCUAUUCAUACAGUUCAAUAAAGAAUAAUAAUGACAGAUAUGUAAGAAUUUUAAGUGAAACUGAACCACCGAUGAGUUUAGAGGAAAUAAUGAGAACAUUUGAUGAAGAUCAUCUAUAUUCUAUAAGAAACUAUAUUGAAUGUUUAAGAAACGCUCCAUAUAUCGAUGAUCCUUUGUGGGGUUCGGUUGUUACAGAUAAACGUAAUAAUUGUCUUCAGCAUAUUAAAUUAUUGGAAAUGCAAGAAUCCGAAAGAAGAAAACAACAAGAAGAGGAGAAUGCUAAGGAUAUUGAAGAAAUAAGAAAGAAAGAAAAAGAAUACCUUAUGAAAGAAUUAGAAGAAAUGGAUGAAUCCGAUGUAGAAAAGGCAUUUAGAGAAUUACAAUUUAUUAAGUUAAGAGAUAGAACUAGACCUAGAAAACAUGUGAAUGUAAUGGGAGAAUCUAAGGAAACAGAUGAAUCUAAGGAAACAGAUGAAUCUAAGGAAACUGGUGAAUCUAAGGAAACUGGUGAAUCUAAGGAAACUGGUGAAUCUAAGGAAACUGGUGAAUCUAAGGAAACUGGUGAAUCUAAGGAAACUGGUGAAUCUAAGGAAACUGGUGAAUCUAAGGAAACUGGUGAAUCUAAGGAAACUGGUGAAUCUAAGGAAACUGGUGAAUCUAAGGAAACUGGUGAAUCUAAGGAAACUGGUGAAUCUAAGGAAACUGGUGAAUCUAAGGAAACUGGUGAAUCUAAGGAAACAAGAAUAUAUGAGGAAACAAAAUAUAACAAAAUAACGAGUGAAUUUAGAGAAACAGAAAACGUGAAGAUAACAGAGGAAUCUAAGGAUAGAGAAGGUAACAAAGUAUCAGGUCCAUAUGAAAACUCAGAAAAUUCCAAUGUAACAAGUGAAUCUGAAGAGACCAAAAAAUUAGCCGAAAAAGAGGAGAAUGAGGGAGAAAAAUUAGGAGAAAAUGUUAAUGAUGGGGCAUCAGAAAAUUCAGAAGAUCCCAAAAAAUUAACAGAACAAGAAGAAAAUGGUACAAAGGAAAGUUCUGAAGAAACAAAAGAUGAUAAACCGGAAGAAAAUGAGAAAAAGGCAGAUAAUAAAAAAAAAAGUAAAAAAAAGAAAAAAUCAUUUUUUCAAAUGUUAGGAUGUAAUUUCCUAUGUAAUAAAAAUAUUGAAACUGAUGAUGAAGAAGAAACGUUGGUAGUAAAAGAUGAUGCUAAAAAGAAACAUAAAUUUUUAAGAGAAGCUAAUACUGAAAAAAAUGAUAAUGAAAAGAAAGAUAAAUUAUUAGGAGAAGGAGAUAAAGAAGAUGUUAAAGAAAAGAAUGAUGAACAGAAAGAUAAAGUAUUAGGAGAAGGAGAUAAAGAAGAUGUUAAAGAAAAGAAUGAUGAACAGAAAGAUAAAGUAUUAGGAGAAGGAGAUAAAGAAGAUGUUAAAGAAAAGAAUGAUGGAAAGAAAGAUAAAGUGAUAGGAUCAGAAAAAACACAAAAGGAAAUUAAAGAAAAAGUAGAAAAAAGAGUUAAAAAAAAGUGUAAAAAAAAAGUAAAAAAAGGAAUUAAAGAAAAUGAUACUGAAGGUAACGAUAAAGUGAAAGGACCAGAAAUAAUAAUUGAAGAAGUAAAAGAAGAAAUUAAAAAACAAGUAGAAGAUGGAAUUAAAGAAAAUGAUACUGAAGGUAACGAUAAAGUGAAAGGGCCAGAAAUAAUAACUGAAGAAGUAAAAGAAGAAAUUAAAAAACAAGUAGAAGAAGGAAUUAAAGAAAAUGAUACUGAAGGUAACGAUAAAGUGAAAGGGCCAGAAAUAAUAACUGAAGAAGUAAAAGAAGAAAUUAAAAAACAAGUAGAAGAAGGAAUUAAAGAAAAUGAUACUGAAAGUAAGGAUAAAUUGAUAGGACAAGAAAUAAUAACUGAAGAAGUAAAAGAAGGAAUUAAAGAAAAUGAUACUGAAAAUAAAGAUAAAGUGAUAGGACAAGAAAUAAUAACUGAAGAAGUAAAAGAAGGAAUUAAAGAAAAUGAUACUGAAAAUAAAGAUAAAGUGAUAGGACAAGAAAUAAUAACUGAAGAAGUAAAAAAAGAAAUUGAAAAACAAGAAGAAAAAGGAAAUAAAGAAAAUAUUCUUGAAAUUAAAGAUAUAGUAAUUGGACAAGAAGUAAUAAUAGAAGAAGUAAAAAAAGUAAUUAAAAAAAAAGUAGAAAAAGGAAUUAAAGAAAAUCAUACUGAAAGUAAAGAUAAAGUGAUAGGACAAGAAAUAAUAGUUGAAGAAGUAAAAGAAGAAAUUGAAAAACAAGUAGAAGAAGGAAUUAAAGAAAAUGAUACUGAAAGUAAAGAUAAAGUGAUAGGACAAGAAGUGAUAAAAGGAGAUGUUAAUGAAGAAGGUCCCGAAAACAAAGAUAAAGUGACAAAACAGGAAAAAGUAAAAGAAGUUAAAAAAGAAGUAAAAAAAAAAGUUAAAAAAAGAGUAAAAAAAAGAAAUAAUAAGAAUGAAAGAAAAGAUAAUGUGAUAGGAAAAGAAAUAAUGAAAGAAGAUGUUAAUGAAAAAGAUACCGCAAACAAAGAUAAAGAGAUAGAACAAGAAAAAGAAAAAGAAGAAGUUAAAGAAAAAGAAGAAGUUAAAGAAAAAGAAGAAGUUAAAGAAAAAGAAGAAGUAAAAGAAAAAGAAGAAGUAAAAGAAAAAGAAGAAGUAAAAGAAAAAGAAGAAGUAAAAGAAAAAGAAGAAGUAAAAGAAAAAGAUACCGAAAGCAAAGAUAAAGAGAUAGAACAAGAAAAAGAAAAAGAAGAAGUAAAAGAAGUUAAAGAAAAAGAUACCGAAAACAAAGAUAAAGUGAUAGGACAAGAAAUAAUAAUAGAAGAAAUAAAAAAAGAAGUUAAAAAAAGAGUAAAAAAAAGAAAUAAUAAAAAUGAAAACAAAGAUAAUGUGAUAGUACAAGAAAUAAUGAACGAAGAUGUUAACGAAAAAGAUACCGCAAACAAAGAUAAGGUGAUAGAACAAGAAAAAGAAAAAGAAGAAGUUAAAGAAAAAGAAGAAGUUAAAGAAAAAGAAGAAGUAAAAGAAAAAGAAGAAGUAAAAGAAAAAGAAGAAGUAAAAGAAAAAGAAGAAGUAAAAGAAAAAGAUACCGAAAGCAAAGAUAAUGUGAUAGUACAAGAAAUAAUGAACGAAGAUGUUAACGAAAAAGAUACCGAAAGCAAAGAUAAAAUGAUAGGAAAAGAAGUAAUAAUAGAAGAAGUAAAAGAAGAAGUUAAAAAAAGAGUAAACAAAGAAGUUAACAAAAGAGUAAACAGAAGAAAUAGAAAAAAUGAAAGAAAAGAUGUGAUAGAACAAGAAAUAGUAAGCGAAGAAGUUAACGAAAAAGAUACCAAAAACAACGAUAAAAAGAUAGGAAAAAGAGUCAAAAAACCAAUAGAUGAUUGUAAAAAAGAAAGAGAAGUACAAGAAGAAUCUGAAGAAGAGUCUGAAGAAGAGUCUGAAGAAGAAUCUGAAGAAGAGUCUGAAGAAGAAUCUGAAGAAGAGUCUGAAGAAGAAUCUGAAGAAGAGUCUGAAGAAGAAUCUGAAGAAGAAUCUGAAGAAGAGUCUGAAGAAGAAUCUGAAGAAGAGUCUGAAGAAGAGUCUGAAGAAGAGUCUGAAGAAGAAUCUGAAGAAGAAUCUGAUGAAGAAAAAAAUACAUCAGGUUUGGUACAUAGAAGAAAUUGUAAAAAAGAAAAGAAAUAUAAUAAUGGAGAAUUAGAAGAAUAUUAUAAAGAGAAACAGAAUGAAGAAUAUUUUGAUGAAGAAUAUAUUAUUCAAUCAAAAGAACAUAAUACUUUGAAUACAUUCCCAAAUAUGGCAUUAAAUGAAGAUUUCAGAAGAGAAUUUCACAAUAUAUUAAGUAUUCAUGAAGAUACAGAUUUGAUGGAACUAAAAAGAAUCUUAUAUAAUUUAUUUUUAGAAUAUAAUCCACAUAUGAAUAAUAAACAGAAAGCAGAAUUGGAUAAGAAAUUUAGUGAAAUGAAUGUGGUACAUCAAAUAUUAAAUUAUGAAGAGAGAAUACGCAUGUAUGAAGAAAAUGCAGCACGAGGAAGACUAAAUACAGUUAUUCUGGAUCCAAUUAUUACAUUUAAUGUAAUAUUCGGAGAUGAUACAAUGUUUAAGUUUAUUGAUGAAUAA